CUUACACUUUUGGAUUGUAAACAUUGCCUAGUUGAAAUGAAAAUGCAUCCAUUGAUAAAGAUCGUGUUGUGUUUCUUAGCAGUGCAAGGUGCGUGUGACGCACGUUUGGACGAUAUUAUUAAAAUAAAAUCAGAUAAGAAUCCAGUAAAACAGACGGACGGUAUAGAAUUCAGUAACAUAUCGCGAUCUACUCUUCUACAAAUAUUGUCAGCCAUUGAAGAAGAGACGCGCAGUAACCCGCCUGCUGCCAAGCAGACCCCGGUCUUCACCGCACAGUUCGCUAACAACAAAUAUACGAGACCGUUCAUAUAUCCAUUCAUACAUACCAGAGAUUUAUAUAUGGGCUAAUAAAAAUAAAACGUACUAGAAAUUAAUAUAAAUUAAACAU